CCUGCUUGUCAAGGACGUCAUGCAUGAAAAGGAUGAUUCAAAACAAAAUUUUCAAAUAUUGAUGUAGCAAAGUUGGUAUUUUUCAAGUAAAAUCUCCCGAUUCCUGUGAAUUCCAGUAUUCAACAGUAAGCCACCCAGAUGAGGAUGACGGCGCCGACAAAAAUUAUGCUAAUUGCAUGCGGGUCGUUCAAUCCGUGCACCCCGAUGCAUUUCCGGAUGUUUGAAAUCGCUCGGGACCAUUUUAACCAGAUGGGAACGGCAGAGGUUGUCGGUGGCAUUGUUUCCCCGGUGCACGACUCGUACGGCAAGAAGGGGCUGGUGUCCGCUAGCCACCGGUGCACCAUGAUUAAAAUUGGCCUGCAGUCCUCGGACUGGGUCCGGCUCUCCGACUGGGAAACGCAGCAGGAAGAGUGGACAAGAACCAGGCUGACGCUUCAGUAUCAUCAGAACUACAUCAACUCGGUCCUGAAGGAUUCCAACAGCAUCAACGAUCAGCAGAUUCCUUCCUGGUUGCCAGAGGGAUUGAACAAAAUGACCGGGCACGUCCAGCUGAAGCUGCUGUGCGGGGCUGACCUUUUGGAGUCGUUUGCGACGCCAGGUUUGUGGAAGGACGAAGACAUCGAAGCCAUCAUCGGUCAGCACGGUUUGGUGGUGAUCUCGCGAGCCGGAUCCAACCCUGAGCAGUUUAUAUUCAACUCGGAUUUGCUCAGCAGAUACAGACGAAACAUAACUAUUGUGACAAACUGGGUGACAAAUGAUGUGAGCUCGACCCUUGUUCGUCGUUUGCUGGGCAGAGGACUGUCGGUAAAAUAUUUACUGGACGACUAUGUUACAGAGUACAUCAAGAAGCACCUCCUGUACGGCUCGAGUGCAACUAAGUUCAAUUUAACCCCAAAUACUGGCGUGGAAGUUAUGAGUAUUUCACCAGUUUCACCUGUAAAUGAUAACGAAGAUUACAUUGAGUGUCAAAACCAGCUGAACACGCUCAACUCCGAAUCCAUGGAUGAAACGGAUUUUCCGCGCAACGCAUUGAACCGUGUUUUUUGCUGUGGCACCGAAAACGAUGCCAAGAAUUCGGCCAAAAACAUGCGCGGAUUUUUGUCUGCUCCGGGCGGAGCAGUUCAGAUUAUCACCACAAAGGCAACGACAGCAGCAUCCGUUACGCCCGAUUCCGCGAUCGAUACGGUUUCAUAUCGCACAGCAGACGAAAAGGUGGGUGAAGAGGUGGAAAAGAAAUCGCUUGCACAAAACAAUCGCACCAGCACACCAACAGUCACAAAGCCGGCGUCGGAAGUCUGUUCCGACGCGGCUCCGGCAGCUAGUCCCGCUUCGAAGGAAGAAUCCACGGGAAGGGUCAGCCCAGCGAAAAGCUACGACGAUAUGAUCAAGUUUGUUUUCACAGAGCACGGCAUCAAGGUUAUAAGUGAUCGGGAGUACGUCGUUUAGGGCGCAACCACAUUUUAGCUUGUGAGGGUUGUCCCCAAAAAGUUGAAACUUUCGGCGGUUCCAGUGUAAUUUCCGCAGCUGUAACAUUGGUAGAACAACUUUAUUGAGAAUAUUUAACUAAAAUUUCUUCAGUUAAUCUCUUAGUUUUAGCACUGUUUUUUGAUUUAUUUUUAUCCUAUUUAUUACAACGAUUUAAUUAAGUUUGCUCAAGUGUUGUUAUUUUUUAAUCUGAACAAUUUAUAAUUGUUACUUACUGAAAAGAUUAUCGCUUUCUAUCAAUUAAGUCAAACAAACACAAAAAAGUUUAUGGUAGCGCCAGGCGAGUUUGCUAAAUAAAACUCUUGAUUAGUUUGAAACGA